GAAGACUACAAAGAAAUAGCGGAAGACCUCCGCAAAGAGAUUAGUAACCUGGGCUCACGGACGGAAGUGCUGGAAAAUAAAACAGAUGAACUCUGCACAGCACAAAAUGAAAUAGCUGAAAAAAUAAUGAAACUGGAGGAAGAUAAUAAAAGCAUGAGGAGUAAGUUGGCGGACAAGGAGGACCGCUCAACGAGGAACAAACUCUGG